AUGGAAAAAGUUUUGUUUGCUGUUCUGACGCUGGUGUACCUGGAGCUUUCCAGGAGGGUUGUCACUGCACCGAUGUGUGCCUAUGGACAGGCUGGAUGCCAUGUUCCUUCCCUGGCAGAUCUCUUUGACAGGGUCAUACAACAGUCUUCAAGAAUGCAUGGCAUCUCCAGUGAUCUGCACUCUGAAUUUAAUAAAUAUUUCUUUCUCAGGAAGAAUCUCAUAGGAAAGCGGAAGUGCCACACACAUGGCAUACUAACACCAGACGAUAAGGAGAAUGCACAAAGGCUAGGGCGAGAACAACUGACAGACGUGAUCCUGAGGCUGCUGGGGGCCUGGGGCGACCCCCUGUCUCAACUCCACUGGAGCAUGUCUCAGGAUCACAAUCAAGACUUCAACCACUACAGCUCCAACAAGUCGCUGGAGAUCAGUGAUAUGGUGCAUGAGCUGCGGGACGGAGUGGUGGUAAUGACUGAGAAGAUGAAGCUAUUGGGAGUGCUUGGUAACACUGUGGGUUACAUCGCUCCUGACAGUUUGGUCCCCUCUUCUGCCUUUUCCUUCUACACACAAGGAGAACUCAACUCAAUGGACCACCACGACCUACUCUACUGCUUCCGCAGAGAUUCCAACAAAGUCAAAAAUUAUCUCCGUAUUCUGAAAUGCACAACCCUUCCUGGCCUGGACUGUUAA